AUGAAGAUCGCGUCGGCGGAUUCGGAAGGCCUGGCGGAAGGGAAGGAGGUGAAAGCAGAGGCUCUGCGACUAAAGACGGAAGCAGACAAGGCGCUGGCUUACUGCAGGCUCAACCUCCUCAAGACGGAGGCAUCGGAGAAAUCUUUGUAUCUUGGUGAUUGCAAGAAAUAUCGGCUAAACGCGCUGAAAGAAAAGCAUGCGAUGCAUUUCGUGCAGACAGCCGACUUGGAGUUGUACAACAUGAAGGAUGAAGACAUCGAGGCCGAAGGCCGGAAGGUCGAGCGACUGCGACAGAUCGCGAUCGCCAGGGAGCAAGGGGACAAGGAAGGAGUGGCGUCCUUGCAGCAUGUGAUGGGGUUGAAGCAGUUUCCCAGUCGAGCCACCACCAAGGAAAGAGACACCCAACAGCUGCAGGAGAUACUUGACUUGUCCAAAACCCAUUUCAAAACCUCCAUGGAACAAUUCUCAAGAAUGGACGAGAUUGGUGCAUCAGAUGAGACAGAUGAGAGGAACAACUUGACUGGAACUGUCAUGGGCAAGCCUACCUUGAAAACCAUCGUGGAAGAGCUGAUCAGAGAGGAACAAGAGAAGCUGCUGUUUCGCGUCAAAGGCGAUCAGAUUCUCGAUAAGGUGGACGCUCUCAUCGUCGGCGAGAUCGAUCCGCAAGACACGCAAAUCUUCGUCAAAAGAAUCUUCGAAGAGUUUGACGAGGACAAGUCUGGCGCCAUCGAUGCCGUGGAGCUUCAAGAGUCGCUGUCGAAGAUCAACGUCUUCCUCUCGCGACGAGAAGCUCACGCCAUGCUCCAGGACUUCGACGAAGACGGGAGUGGGAGCAUCGAGCUCAGCGAGUGGCAGAAUGCCAUAGUCUUACACAAGUACAAGAUCUACCUCCGUCUCGCCAUGGCCAACGCGUUCCUCAAGGAAGCAGAGAGUCAGUAUCAGCUCGCGUCCGCUGCCGACAUGGAGGAGAUGCUGGAGAGCUACAAGCGCUCGCUCGAUGCGCUCAUUCCCCCCAGGCAAGGCCAACGCCCGACGGCUUUCAGCCUCCUGACGCCUCCACACAGCCUGCGCGAGCGGAUGGUCGGCUGCUUGUGGGGCCUGUUCUGUGGGGAUGCCAUGGGCUGGCCCUCGGACGGGCACGUGAACCGCAAGGCUCUGCAGCGAGACUAUGGGAGCAUCGGAGAGCUCGCAGACCCACUUGACGCCGCACACGCGGACGGAGGCAUGCACCUGGGCAUCAGCAGCAGGUUGAGACUGCUGGGAAGCGACUCGAGCAGCUUCUUCCCCUCAUCUGUGCGGGUUGACCUGAUGGCUGCGGGGAGAGCUGAGGAGCUGCAGAUCCGGCAACCGAACCGCAAGUCGGACAUCAUGACAGGCAUGGAGCGAUACCACUCGCAGCGAGGAGUUCACCCGCACAGGUCGUUGAAGAAGGGCAUGAACACCUUGAACGCGCAGACAGCACAAGUCUUGCUGAAGAGCAUUGCCGAGACAGGAACUUACGACAGAGAUGACUUCUUGAACAAGUUCAUCGAGUAUAUGCUCUCCGACCGUGAGAUGAAGGAUACGUACAUCGACGAUGUUUACAUCCAAUUCUUCGAGAGAUACUCGCAUGGCAACAAGCCCUACUACUCCGCCGGGUUGACCUCGGGGGCCCUCGAGCACGCGUCCCACGCCCUCAUUCAGAUCACGCCCAUCAUCGUUCUCUUGGCUGUGGAGCAAGGACGCCGGUCGGAAGGCGCGAUCUCAGGCAGCUCUCCUGCCAUCAAGUACAGCGAGAAGCAUCCUCUCCCGAUGGUUCCUGAGGGAGGCUUGUUCGACAUGGUUUACCAGCACAUAGAGCUGUUCUUUCGGAGCGAGCGCCUUCAGCAAUACGGUUACAAGUGGGCCAACUUGCUUCACAGGUUGAUCCUCGGACAUGAUCCACUCUCUGAACUCGAGGGAGCGGCAAGGGCAGAGAAGAUGGAUUUGUCGUUGUUGCUCUCCCUCCCUGAGGACGAGGUGGUUGGGAUAGUCUACAGCAGCGUGAGCUCCUCGCUCGACCACACCUUCCCUUGCGUGCUCUUUCUUUGCAUCAAGUAUCUGCAGCAGCCAAGGACAGCCAUCGAGACGAGCGUCAACUUGGGCGGUAACAGCUCACAUCGCACAGCCUUGAUCGGCAUCGUGAUGGGCAAGAGCUCGAGCAAGCGAGGUCUGCACCAGGUCAACUCGCUCGAGUUUCUCAUCGACUGCGUGGCCCGCGCGGGGGUUGUGAGACAAGGAGCAGAGGAGUGA